AUGGCGGAAGAUGGAGAGUCAUUGGAGUCUUGGCUUAGUAAGUUCAUACUAAAACUUGCUUUUUUCACCUUAUUCUAUCAAAUUAUGAAUUUACACCGAGUGCUUAAUAACCAAGAGUGUCCGUAACGAUGGUUUAACUCUCGCGACAUGUAUCGGCCGUAAAAGUUUCGCGUUAAUUGAGCUGUUGUUGUCAGAAAGUCGCUAAGUGUUAGCCAAAAUUAGCUGUAAUGUCUGUGGUUGUACCUCGAAUUUAUCGUCAGUGUGUUGAAAAAGUGGCAAACACUCAAUUAUUACUCCAAGGUACGCGUUUGUAUUUGCUGCCCGGGGUUAUCGACGACCUUUAUAAAUAUCCUGAGGCUUAACUUGAUCCAAGUUCAGACUGAGCUGUCAAUGACAACAACAAACCGGAUCAGAGAGCAAUUUGAAGGCAAUGAAAGACAUAAUUUUCACAGAUUUCAACGAAAGAAAGCAUUAAUGUGUAUUAUUGGUGUAUUAAUGCCGGAGGGGACGGUGCUGAUUGAGUUUAAUUCCUGACAAAUUAAUGUCAUGUUAUCUUAAAGCUACAGACCCAUUAGCUCUCCGGGGAUAAUAUGAUUUAUUAGUUAAUAUUGGCGCUAUGCAAGCUGCAUUUUAAUUCUUCUUAUUUACAGACAAAGCUACAAACCCCUCCAACAGACAAGAAGACUGGGAGUAUAUAAUGGGCUUCUGUGACCAAAUCAAUAAGGAGCUAGAAGGGUACGGUCACAUCUAUUCAAUAACCUCUCACACACAAUGUUUGGUCUGUGUCCUCAUUUUAGUAAACAUGUGAGACUUAUUAUAUGGCCCAACUAUCUGGCUUGCUUUUGUUUUUUGUUUUAAAUGUGUGAUUAAAUUUGCUUAUGCCUCUUAUAUUUGUCAGACCACAAAUAUCUGUAAGGCUGUUGGCUCACAAGAUUCAGUCCCCGCAGGAAUGGGAGGCAAUACAAGCAUUAACGGUGAGACGUGACAACAUUUCACAAUAUUUCAGCAUCUUUACAUGGGAUGUUCAGAGAUAUUUACGUCAGCCUGUGCUUCUCUUGAAGGUGCUAGAGGCUUGUAUGAAGAACUGUGGGCAAAGGUUUCACAAUGAAGUUGGGAAAUUUCGAUUUUUAAAUGAAUUAAUAAAAGUUGUUUCACCCAAAGUAAGUGGUUUUGAUGUUUUAACCUCCGGUCAUGUGCAUACAGUUUUUUUCUAAAGAUGUUUGGUGUGAUUUUGAGCUGGUUAUCUCUUCUUUUCAGUAUCUAGGUGAUAAAGUGUCAGAGAGAGUGAAGACAAAGGUGAUUGAGAUGCUUUACACUUGGACCGUCUCUCUACCAAAUGAAGCAAAGAUCUGCGAAGCUUAUCAGAUGUUGAAGUCGCAGGGUGAGACACCAUUUUAUCAUGUGUAUGUGCUACACACUGGUUUUUUAUCUUAUUUAAUUCAUUUUUUUGUUGUUUUUAUAACCUUGAUGUGUAGAGAUGCACCGAUCCAUUUUAUUCCAAUCCAAUCCAAGAUUCACAGCGGUUCGCAUGCAGAAAUACACAGAAAUGCAAUUUUGCACUUAGUUUUCUCAUGAUAUGUCCUGUAGCAUCAGAAAAAUGCCAUAUGAACAUGUAGACAACAAGAAAAACAUGAUUUUUUAAUUGGAGUGAGUCUUUAAGGACUACAAACUAAGACAGAAUUUGGAUCUGUUUGUAAAAGUCAGUCAGCCUUACUGACUGCAUUUUUUCUUUCCUUUCUCAUUUCUCUGUUUAAUAUCAGGUAUUGUUUCGGAUGACCCAGAAAUCGCCCUAGACGCCACACUAAUCCCAUCACCAUCUCCUCGACCCAAGAAUCCCGUGUUUGAAGACGAGAAGAAAAGCAAGGUAGGGAGAAGAAUUUUUGAGCUAAGACAUAUUUAAUAUACAAACAUCCCAUUUUACUGCAGAUAGUGCUUUUGUCGUGAUGAUGAUGAUGUAUUCUUCUAUUAAUGCUUCAAACUCUGAAAUCUUGACUGUCUGUGUUUGUGUGACACAUUGGUCUGUGUGUUCAAAGUGUACACUCACAGCCUCCCUGCUGAUGACUCUGAAAGGAAUUAUUUGACAUUUCUGAAAAUAGCUGUGCUCACCCUUGCUGAGAGUAAGACCAUAAGAUCAAUACAUCACUCCCAUGUAGCCAUUAAAUGUGAAGCUACAGACAGAAACGGAGGGCUCAGCGACAGGAAGUCACCACCCCACACACAGAGAGAUACUCAAGUGCUCAAGGAAAGAAGCCGCGGCGCCUUUUUGAUGGCUCAUUUUUUUCAACGUUUGAUGCUCCUUGACUGAGCCUGACACUAAACAGAUUGAUACACAAGUGGUACUAAUCUUCUCAGCGCAGACGCCAAUGUUGUAUUUCUCCAAAACUGUCGAGCUGCUUCUUUAAUAUUUGAAAUGAUGCUCCUCAUAAGCAGUGGUUGAAGUAAACACAUAAAAAUCUCACAAAUGUCUCUCAAGUGGUCUGUCAUCUAGAUCAGUGGUUCUCAACUGGUGGGUCCCGACCUAAAAGUGGGUCGCGAACACGAUCUGGAUGGGUCACAAACAGCUGGUCAAAAAAGUAAAUAUUUAAUGCAAUAUUUAUUAGAUAUUUGAUAUUUUCUGUAUAAGCAACUUCAGUAGUUGUCGUCCUCAUGUUGUCCCCUUCAUGUCCUCUGAAAUGCACUUUACUCAAUAAAACAAGUGGAUUUAUGUUAAAGAUUAGAGUCUUAAAAGUUUUUUUGUGUAAUAAAAGAUAAAUUUGCUUGGUAUGAAUUCUAUAAAAGUAGGUCGCGACUGAAGGACCAUGGGAAAUUGUGGGUCCCAGAAUGAGACCAAUUGAGAACCACUGAUCUAGAUCAAAUAAGUGAAAGGAUUUCCUGUCUCUUUCUCUCCUUUCUUCUCUGACUUCACUUAGGCCUCACAUGAUAUCAUCCCAAAGGAAACGGUUUAUUUUAACUUGAAACGACCACAAAAUCUGCUUGUUUGUUGUUUUUUUACGCCCUGUUACCUCACCGGUCACUGCUCACCAAAAACAGGCCAUUACUGCGUGUUUACUCUACGCCGACUGUGGCUGAUUUAUGAGUAAAGUUUGUUUUUUCAGGGUCUGGGAGCGAGCUUUGGUUAACUGUCUGUGUUUGUGUAAUUUGAGGCUCUUGAUAUUGAGUGUGCCCUCUUUCUGAGUCAGCUUUCAUCCGUCUUCAGAGAUUGUCUGAGCUGCUGAAAAGCAAAAAGCCUGAAGAUCUACAAGAAGCCAACCGGCUCAUCAAAAACAUGGUCAAGGAGGUGUGUUGGGAUUAAAUGAGAUACUUGUUUUGUUUGAAUUGUGAGAGGUUGAGAGAAGAAACUAAGUGCGCUGCAAUUUUCAGAUUUUAUUCAAAAACAUGAGUAUCAUAAGUACUGAUCUUUUUUUUUUUAAUCUUUAGGACGAGGUAAGAACACAGAAGGCUACGAAGCAAAAAGGAACUCUGGAGGCAGUCAACAACAGCGUCAAACUCCUUAAUGAAAUGCUCGCCCACUUCAGCCCUGAAGACUCAACAGAUGGAGACAAGGAGCUCAUUAGGGUUCGUUCUUUGUGAGAUGAAGCUAAAUGACCUUUGAGAGAAUUUAAAUUAUAUCUUUGGCAUUGAUUAACCUUUUUGGAAACAUUGAUACGUAUGCUCGGAUCUUGCCAAUACAGCCCAGGGGGGUAGUGCAGCGUGAUUCAUUUCAAAAAUUAACUGGAGCACUCUUCAUGGAAUGAUAGAAUAUAUUUAGUAUCAUAGUAAGUGAUGAUUUCUAUGCAUAAAAGCCACCUCUCUGUCUAUGAUGUCUAAUAUUACAACAGUUUCUGAAAAGGAUUUAAGGUGUGAAUAUUCAGCGGUUUUCAAAAUUCUUUUUUAGGAGCUGUAUGUUGAUUGCGACAAGCUCAGGCAAACCGUGUUUCAGCUCGCCACUGAGACGGAGGAUAAUGACAGCAGUUUGGGUAAGAGCGCCACGUGUUAAACACAUUAUCUUACUGAAUUAAGAAUGACUCGUAAAAGAUGUCCUGCUUUGCACAGUGAAUCGUGGAUAAAGUUAGAGGGAAAAGUUUGUUGCACACAGAAACUUCACCUCGACCUAACCUUUUAAAAAUGCGCUCAACAGGAGACAUCCUGCAGGCCAGUGAUGACCUUUCCCAAGUCAUCAACUCCUAUAAGAAAAUAGUGGAAGGACAGACCUUCAAUGGCGAGACUGAGGAAGCCCAACGAACACAAUCAUCCGACAGACAAGGUAACUCUCACCUGAUGAGAGAAUUCAAAGUGUUUUCACUCGUCUUCUCAAGUGUCUCAUUCCUCUUUUGUGCUGUUUUAUUUCUGCUUUCUUCUCUGCCAAGCUCUUUUGUAUGAGAGGAGCUUUAGUUUAGUUUUAGAUUUUGGUGCAGCAGGUGCGCCACGCAUCUUUUGGCUCUCAUAAUAGAGCUUGGCGUGUUUCAUCUUCAGGUGGUGGAAGAGGUUUCUGGCAUUUCCACGACCAGCCACUACAGCCACAUGACGCUCUUUGCAUAGUAUUGUUUUUUGAUCAUUGUCAGAUUUUCCAAAUCCAAAGAAUCUCCAGAUAGCCGAUGUUGCUACUCGUGCUCUUUUUCGGAUCAAGUUCCUUCUCCUCUUCCUCAUGUUGGUUGGGCCGGGCUGCCUUCGUUUGCUCAGUACUGCCACUUAUUCCCGCGUCCGCCAUGACCACCGCCAGUGAAGCUGGUUCUUCUUUGUCGAAACUAUGCCAAGCAGUCUGCUGGAAACGCUGGUGAUUAUAGGGAGCGCACCCAAACCUGACCAAUCAAACGGAGCGAACAAACUCUGCAUGACACACUAGUGAAUAUACGGAAACGCACCCAAACGGAUGCGCUCCAGCUUUCUUGUUAGCGAGCGCAGACAACCACACACUGACUCAGAGAGAUGCAGCAGACAUCUACUCUCUCUCUCCAGUAUAUCAAAAUGUCUACCAGUAGACACUUAAAUACCGUCACACAGUUUAUACUGUCAUACCGCCCAACACUAACUGGGACAAACAUAGUAUCUGGAAUCAGAUAUAGCUCUUUGGACCCCUAAAAAAAUUAUUUUAUGUGCAUGUCUGGUUAAAACUUUUCCUCUUGGCUGGACCUUUUUCUUUCGUCUUGUUCACAAAAAUCUUGUUUUUUCAUACUUCUUGUGCUUUUCUUACAUGUUGCAGGCAGCAGUCACACCAACCAGUCAGAGAUUCUCAUUGAUCUGGUGGGUCUGGACAACAACAAUGUCUCUCCACCAGAGCAGCAACCCCAGAUAUCUUCUCCCUCUAUCCCCGUUGACCUGCUGUGUGGGUCUACCACCACUGACCCACAGCCCCCCUGCCCUAGUGUUCCCUCUGCAGCAAUGUCUCUCUUGGAUGAAGAGCUGCUUUCUUUAGGUGACGCACACUUUUUCCAGAGUAAAAUUGGACAGAAACUCUGAGAAUGUCUUGUUGGUUUGGGGACAUGACAUAUUUCUGCUUUUGUACAGGUCUGGAUGAACCCAAUCCUGUUACAAGUAAAUCAACAAAUGAAAACCUGAGCAAUCAUUUACCCACUUUACAGGUAUUUGAAUUUGGUACAAUGAUGAAUGCUUAAAAGUCAUUGUUUUUUUUUAUUAGUAAUAAUAGUUUGUUUUCAUGUAUUUCCAGGACUUGGGAAAAGAUUUGGAUCUUUUUGCUAUCUCUUCAUCCUCAGUCCCGGUGUCCUCUACAUAUUCACUUUUCCCAGACGUUCUUUCGGCAACAACUAACUCUGCUUUGAGUAACCCCAGUAACAUCCUGCCCACGCCUCCAGUUUCCACAGCAUCUAUUUUUCCUGCAUCUGACAUCUUCCCACAACCUCCCAGCUCAGUAUCGAGGGCCUCUGCCCCUCUCCUCCCCUUGCCUGAUCCUCCGGCCACCCCUGUGACUUCGCAUCUGGUUGCUAAAUUAGCUGGAGGCUCCCACUCUCCUGUUACUUCUCUGCAGGACCUUCCCUUGCUAAAUCUGGGCAAUCCUGAAAAGUGAGUAAAACUUUUAAAAUGAAGCAGAACUCUGGGAAGGAUUUGAUCAACGCAAAUCCAUUAUACAUAUGUCAGAUGAAACAUGUUUUCGAAAGUCCAAUAACUGAGUUCAUGUAUUUUUUUCCAGCUCCAAUUGCAGCACCGUGUCAUCCCACUUAGAGAGCACUUCGUUCUACUGAGAUACUAUACCAUUAUGCUUCUACUAUGAGAAAUUUCAUAUGCAUGUCAGUGACCACUUUCCAUGUCAUAAGGUCUCUAAUACCCUCAGCCUCCUAAAGAAACGGAACUAUAGCUACUUACGGAGACGUAUUUAGUGCUGUAACUAAGCAACGUCCCUUAGAAGGGAAAUGAUUUGAUGACUGCUGGGGAAGCAAUUAGGCAGGUAGGUCUAACUCUGACCAGUAAGGUGUAUAGGUCAGAACACAGGAAGGAUGAGGAGAUGAUUACAAAGAAGGCCAGCAGCAUUUAUUUUUGUUGUGCACAGGUGAACUAAAUUAAGUUACUACUACAUGAGCCUGCAACAAAAGGAAACAACAUAAAACAGUGAUAAAAGGCAGGAUAUGCAACUAAAUCGACAACCAGCCUGAUUAAAGGCACAACUGAGGAAACAUUCAAUUGCUUCAAAUUAGCUUCAUUUCAAGUUUACCGGAAACAUUUUAAAACUUACAGGAUCGAUACUCAUCACACAACUGGAAUACUACAGAAAAAUACAAACAUGACAGUGUUUCCCCCAAGUUAUGUUACGUUAUAUUCGCUACUUGAUCCAUAGACCAAGUAUAAGCUUGAAUGUUAUAAUAAUAAUAAAAAUGCAUCAGAUUUCAUAUAGCACUUUAUUAGAGACCUUCAAAGCGCUUUAAAUUGGAUAAAUCAUUCAUUCGCUCACACAGUCACACCCUGGUGGUGGUAAACUACCUUAGUAAUCUCACCUGCCCUGUGGCAGACUGAUGGAAACAUGGCUGCCAAUUUGCGCCUGCAGCCUCUCCGACCACCACCACACAACACUCACAAUCACACACCAGUGGAGGACACACACUGGGAGCAAAGUGGGUUAAGUGUCUUGCCCAAGGACACAACGGUCAGACUCGGGAUAGGAGGGAAUCAAACUGCAAACCCUCGGGUUAUUGGACAACCACUCUACCUCCUGAGCUACUGCCACCCCACGUUACCCUUCACAUUAAUGGAAGAGGGUGUGACAGGAUAUGAUGCGCCUAUUGAUGACUCAAAAGAAGGCGACAAUAACGUUGUGUGUUGUUGUGCUCACACAGUGCAAGUAGAAAUCAUUAGUGGCGCAUUGAUAUUAAUAAUUGUGAAAUUUUCUGUGGCGGCGCACCGCCGUUGCUGAAUGAAUGUAGAGGAAACACUGCAUGAACAUAAAAUGACAUCUCCCCCUAUCCUUAUUAACAUGGCUAAUGAUUAUGCAGUGAAAAUGGGAAACAACUUACGUUAUGUCGUUUACUUAGUUGUUGAGAUAUCGUCACUGAAUCCAAAGGGAAGGAUGGAUGUCUCACAGAUGCAUAUAAACUGUUGAACUAUGUGCACGAACUACAUGGAAACUUUAAUACAACACAUGUAACUCACAAUCUUCUCCUCACUCUUCAAGACGAGUCUUUAAGACCUAUGCUUGUUCCGAUGCUCAACAAGCAGGAUAGGUCAUCCUUGCAGUGGGAGCAUGAUCUGUUAACCCUUUAUGCCCUGGAAAGUCUGAGCCUUUUGUACAAUGACUGUUCGUCAGAGAUAGCUCCAUUGCAUUAUUAGGUGUGCUUGACUUAACAUAGCUUCUCUCUCUGAAUCAGAUUGAAUGGAUUAUGCAUAAAUCAGACUACAAAGUAGUUAGGCUAGCUGUCAACUCAGAUGUCACUUAAUUUUACUUUGUGUCAGUGUAAAGUCAACGAAUAUCCACAAAACACAACUGCAGAGAUUUGCUUUGACAUCCAGGUGGUGUUUCUUCCAUUCUUCUUCAGUUAUCUGUUUUAUCAUAAGUUACUGCCGUAGGGGUCUUUUGUAAUGUUCCAGCAUUCUGUGGCUUUUGACUAACACACUUUGAUGAUCUUAACAGCACAUCGAGUGCAAUGGAUUUUGGCAGCUUGCUGAUCCAGAGUAAAGAUCUUCAUGCUUCAGCUACUCUGUCAUCAAGUCUGGGAGUCCCCUCAGCCACGACUACCUCACUGCUCCCAGGAGCGAUGCAAGGCAGGUCCGAUUCAUCUUCCCUCAACAGCCAAGCUGACGACAGCCCUCUUUUGCGUUCUCUGUCCCCGAUCCUCCCUCUGAGCCAGCCCAGUCCAAGCAGGGGACAAGAGGUGUCCCUGACCGAUGUUUUUGUCCCUCUGGAAAGCAUCAAGCCAAGUGAGUUUCAUGAAAUAGACGAUUUUUUAUGUUUUCUGUCAAUGUGUGCAUUUGUUCCCAACCCGGGGCCCCCUAGAAGGAGCGCCAAAGAUGUAUCACUUAUUUCUGUUGGGGCCUGGGGGAGUCCGCCUUCUUGUACAAUACACAAAAGGGGACUCCUCUGUAUUAGACACUACAAAGUGGGACACCACAUUAAGUUGGUUUUUCAUUGCUGUAUUGGAAUCAUGCAAAUUUAUGCAGAGGUAUGUAAAAAAAUAAAUCAUAUUGAUCGAUAUCGAUAAUUAUCGAUAUAAUUAUUAUAAUUAUUUAACAUAUACUUCUCAGUAAUUGUGGGGUAGCUAGCAGUUUGUGUGAUAUGACAGCCAAGACAUCAUUUUCCCCUGUCAUUACCUGGGUCAUUGUGACCGCAGAGUAGUGCCUGUUCAUUUCCUAUGAAUAGGUCUCAUUUCAACAGUAUAAUUGAGUUAGUGCACUUUCUUUUAGUCACACAAACAGUACCAGCAAAAACACUUCAGUGCUCUCAAUAAGGAAUAUCAUUUUUUACACCAUGAAAAAACUGUUGGAUGUCUUUUUCAGGCCAACAGCACAUGAGAGUAAACACUCCAUCGGUAUACUUGAGUGAACAUGUUACAGUUAAUAAGAAACAGAAAAGUGAGUCACUUGUACAAGAUACAAGUAAUCAAAUUAGUAACACGUAAUCAUGAGAAUAAAUAGCGACUAAAAUUACUGAGCAAAAUGACACCAGAGUUAUCUACUCUUUUAUUAUCACACUUGUCAAUUUUAUGUUAACAGUUAACAUCAUCACCACAUAAUAGAGAAUUCUAGCCCCUUGUCAAUUAAAAUACAUGUUAGAGACAAAAAUGUGACUCUUACAAAAGAAAAGAAGAGAAAAUUCUGGUUUAUGUUGCUGAUAUGAGCCCACAAAAAAAGAAACAGAUUUGUCUGUUUUCUCUGUGUGCUCUGUGGGCUUUUGCUUUUCACAAAGACUGUUUUUCCCACAUACACUUGAUUGAUCAGUACUGGCCGGGCUACAAAUACACAACAAAGAGAAAUCAGAACACAUCCCAAGCUGAAAGCCCAGAGCUACAAAUACGAGGAAUCUUCUUCCUCGUAUUUGUUGUGACAUGUUUUUUGCUACCACCCUGGAACCAUCCCUAUAAAACAUUUCUAACCAACAUAGAGUGAAAGAGAGCUGUCCAAAAUGUAAAACUGAAGUGAUAUCCUCAAUUUUUUUGCAAUGCUGAGAACCAUUAUUCUAGGAUUGCUGAACUAUGUCCUCAGCCUGAGUGGUGAACCUUUCUUUAAUUUUAAUUUUGAGACGCUCAGCCUCCCUAAAGGGCCGUUCUCAUACCCAGUCUUUUACACAUUCAUGUAGUUAGAUACAAGAUUUUCCUCCUGGUCUUAAAUUUAACAUGAACAUAUGUUUUUCAUAGAACAACUACAACAUUUUAUUUGUUGUUUUUGCACAAUUUUCAAUCAAUUAAAGCAGGUCUUUAAUUCUCUCUAACUCGCUCUUUAAGAUUUGGGGUUGUAAAUUAUAACUGGAGAUUAAUUUCUGUAUAUGCACACAAAUGCAGGUAAACUUUUUACUGUCAGGACCAUUUGGUGGUUGUUAUUCUGAUUGCUGAACAAGACUGCCCCUCAGUGGUGAUGGUGGCAAAUUGAUAUCUCAAAGGGCAGUGGUCGGUAUUUUUCUAUAAUCACUCUUGGCAUUAAUCACCAACAUUUUAAUCAUAGCAUUUGUGAAGGACUGAACUCUUUUCAAAAACAAUAUUUAUUGCACUGUGAUGGACUACAGGUGGUUGAUUUGUCAGCACUUCUCCUGAAGUGAACAGAACAUCGGCUGACUCACUUUCUGAGAGCUGUCAUUGUCUGAAGCGGCCUGUUGAUCUCAGUAAUAAUUACUCUGUACUUUCUCUCUGUGUUGUUUGUCAGGUCAGGUAUGUCCAGUUACAGCGUAUGACAAAAAUGGGGUGAGAGUUCUGCUGCAUUUUGCCACUGACAGCCCACCAGGCAGGCCUGAUGUCCUAGUGAUGGUGGCAUCUAUGCUGAACACGGCCCCUCUGCCCGUCAAGAAUAUUGUUCUGCAGGCGGCUGUGCCCAAGGUAAACAGUGCUGUGACUUUUCUGUAACUCCCUCUGCACUGGGAGCUACACAAAGAGCAUUUAUUAUUAUAUGUGAACUUUUUGGCUUAUGUUGGAAGAUGGUAAAACCUUAGACUGUAUAAAGAAUGGACAGAGUCUGCCUCCUCGCUGGGUGAAGCCACUCCUAGAACAGCACCCUCUGUAGAUGGGCUGCAGUAUAGGUCAUAAAUCCCGCCUCCGCCAGCAACGCUUAUGGAGUUGUGGACAAACUUUAGAAAUUUAUUACACGGAAUAUAAAUUUUUCUCCCCCCUGCUUGUGAUGUUGACAUGUAGUUACAGUAAGACUGGUUUGUGCUCAAGUCCUCUUUUUUUCUGUGAAGCUCCGUUUUUAAAAAGUUACUAGGGGGUUCAUGUUUUCUAUGAUUGACACCUGAUACAACCUAUGGCCGUUAAGGGAUUGAGUAGCUCACCCAGGGGAUACGCUGUUUGAGCCGAACGUCAUCACAGCGACUCUUGGCGACUGCGCGCCCGAAUGCGCGCAUCGCUACUGUGGAGUGCUGGUUUCAGGGAAUGAAGAAAAAUCCUGGAAAUACCGAAAGCUAUUUGGCUUCAAAUCUAUAUACAGGGGGAAGGCGGAACCAAGUUGUCCAUAGUAUAUACAGUCUAUGGGUAAAACUAAAUAUUGUCUGUUCUAUAAUAAGUGUCUGUUCUGCUAAUUUUUCCAGACAAUGAAAGUGAAGCUACAACCCCCCUCAGGGGCAGAGCUGAUUCCUUUCAACCCAAUCCUUCCUCCUGCUGCCAUCACUCAGGUCAUGCUGCUUUCCAAUCCUCUAAAGGUACGGCUCAGUCUGGAUUUUCAAGUAUUCAUGAGAAGUCAUGUAUUCACUGAAAAUUCUUUUAACUAUAUCAGGGCAUAUCAUAAUGUAAGUGCAAGCUUUUCGCACAGUUUUGAGAGCUCUGUGGAUGUUGCGAUCAAUCACUGACACUGACAUAGCUGGAAAUUGUAUGUUGCAUUAUACUAGCAUGCACAACCAAAUCGAGCAUGUCUAUGUGUUUUUCAGGAAAAGGUUCGGAUGAGAUAUAAACUGACGUUCACGCUGGGAGAGCAGCCACACACAGAAGUGGGCGAGGUGAAUGAGUUUCCGCCUGCUGACAGGUGGGGGGCUCUAUAGUCCUGCCUGUGCUGCACCAUGACUUCUUUAUCAAUUCAGACUGUCAGAAGUUCUGCAGUCUACACAAAGGGUAGCAUUGAAAAGCUUUUAGGGGGAAAUUCUGAAACUCUUAUAUAAACUUUAAUGGACCUUGAAGGAUUGUUUUCUGCUUGAAAUGGUGAAAUGGCCCCCCUGAAGUAGCCACAGGCCUGUAGCGAACAACCAUCUUUACUCCUGAAGGAAGUGAAUGUGGAGCAGGAACAAUUGGAAAACAUUAGUAACGUUGAAUAUUGUUAAAUUGACGAAUAUUCUUCCAGUGUUUCUCUUAUUUUUGGAGACAUACAUGCAGUUACUGUAGUGACCGGAUAAAAGCACAGACCGAUUAUUAACGGUUUUGCUCAGUAAGAAUCUGUCACUUUUAGUUUUCUUUAUUUAAUGUUUCAAAACUACUACUGAACAAUUGUAAUUUUCAUCUGAGGUCUGAUACUACUUAAAAAUUUGUAUUCUUUUCAGUAUUUAUUAUCAUCACUGUAUUUGUUUUAGUUUUAGACAGGAUGUAAUACUAUUGACAACUCCUUCUGGUUGAUUGACAUGUUCAGUAUUGCAGUAAGGAAGGCAUGAAUCAGUAUCCGCCUGCCGGAGUGGCUUUAUCGUUACCAGAUAUUUUAUCAGCCAUUUGUUACAUAAAGUAUGAUGCAACAAAAUGUUUGAGGAGUUGCGUGUCAAGCUGGGCGGUCUGGGUAGCAUAUUUGUUAUUGAUAAAAAAGUCUGAUGUUUGGUGAUUUUGUUCAUAAAGUCAAUACCAGCAGACAGAGAGGCACAAGUUGAUCAAACUCCACGUUUGUCUUUGUACUUUGACCUGAUGUACUUUGUAAAUGAAGCUAAAGGAGAAGUUGGAUUUCAGUGUGUCAUACAAAAGUUUAGCUCAUGAAGGAUUCUAUUUGCAAACUUUGGAAAAUAUGUUUUUAAGUAAACCUUGAGAGAAUUUAUCGAUACUGAAAAGUUUGUGUUGAAUACAUAAGGCACUACUUACGUUUGUCGAAAAUGGACUUUAGUUUUUCUUGGGCUAUCGGCAACUACAAAGGGGAGAUUCUUUAUAUAUUUCUUAUAAAAUUAUUUAUUUGUCCUAGAUUGUUAUAUAAAUUUGUCCUUGGAUAUUUUUUGAAAAGCUAUUUCUUUGCAUGUUUCAAAAAUAAAGAUCAAGAUAUAUCUAUUUGUUGUACAAUUUUCUCAUAUUUUUGCCUAAUUUUUCAGCCUCAGUCCCAAUAUUAACACAUCCUUCGUAAAUUAUAUAUGGUUUUAGUAAUAAGCUUAAAAAAGGUUUUAAACUACGAUUUAAAAAAAUAUGAAUGUAACGGAGUUAAAAAGACUGCUCACACUUACGGAGUAGAGGAGAGUGGGGUAAGAUGAGCCAUUUUUCAUAUUUCGGAUCACUACAUCAAGGCAAUCAUAGUUUUGUCUCUAACUAGUGUAUCUGCAUAUAUUUCAAGAUGUUGUGCAUCCCUGCAAACCAACAGAAUGAGUGUAAACAAAACUGUGUUGAUGAUAUAGCAUGCCAAAAAAAUGGUCUCCUAUGGUCAACUUACCCCAUACACAGGGUAAGUUGACCAUAGGAGACCACAAUCUUCCUUGUCUUUACUUUCCCAGAUUUUCAUUUUUAAGGAUAUUGUAAAUAAUGGUGCUUAAGUUUACAUUAUCAUCCUGAAGAAAAUCUGCAGACCUCAUACUGAUGGGCCAAUAAUAACACAGAUAUGAAAUGAUCUCAUGGGCCAGAUAUAAUUGAGUUUGACACCUGUGCUUAAAAUAAAUGUAUAACCCCUUCACCCAUGUGCUUCUAACCUUCACAGACUCUAUGAAUUGAUGCCCAUCUCCUAAAUAUUUGGUCACAUGAUCAAUUUCUUUUAUCAUCUCCAAACAACAGGAGGUGGCUCAACUUACCCUUUGGCUCAACGUACCCCACUCUCCCCUAUAAACAAAAUAUAAAUAUCCAUCCAUAUAUAUCCAUCCACGCUUUUCAUAAAAUCCCCCUGCUUCACUCCCAACGCAUCGAACAACUUUAAACUGUAGGACGAAAGCAGACAUACACUUACACUGGGUGCGUUUCUAGCGAGGGUACGUGGAGUGCAGAGGGGGCAGACGACGCAGAAAGUGGCGCGACAGACAGCGCAGCCGCAGCACAACAGGCGCAGACGGACACAACAGCAGCCAUGGCAGACGAAAAACCCAAGGUGAGGAGACGGUUUUGUAGCGGGAUUCUCAAGGAUGCGGAACUGUGUGUGGCGUUUCGUUUAGACGGCAACCUCGGCGGCCGCACGUGAGACCGAUUCAUCCACAACGUUUGAUCGCGAGGAGGCUCGACGUAUGGACACGGCGCGAGCUCGCACGCUAACUUGGCGGGUGCAGUUAGCAUAAUAAGCUAACGUGGCUAGUUUAGCCGUGCAGGAUGGAAGAAAUAAACAAUCCGGUUGUAGAAUAUACCACAAUUGGGUGCCGUCUACAUACUGGUUUAACUAGUAUUUGUUUGAUAUUGACACAAUCCACUCAGUUAAGUGAUGGUAUGUGCAGACAACGGUUAUAGAGCUACAGACAUGUAGAGAACACAGACCUCUAUGUAGGACCAAAUAAAUCGUUUGAGCGAACAGAGGAUUCACUAUGUGUCAUUUUAUUGAAAUCUACUCACCAGCAACUCAUGAAUAAGUUUGGAGCUAAGGGAGAUGUGAGCUUACCGUUGUUUGCAUUGUGAGCAGGCCGGUGGAUGUUACGAGUUGUAGGCCAUCACCAAAAGCUCAAGUCUGCUAAUGCUAACGCUGCAUCUUCUUAUCCAUAUUCAGUGACCACAACUCUCUUAAAUUCAUCUUUAGCGUGUGCCAGAACAAGAUAGAAGUAACGAUAUCAACUCUAAUCUGAUCAAUACAAGUUAUUUGAUGAUAGGAGUUUCAUGUGGAUUAGUGUUAUUGGUCUUACUAACUUCAUAACACGUUCAAUAGUUAUACCAGAAGAAGAGGGGGGCAUGCAUUAAAGGGAUAUUCCGGCGUGUAAAUUUGAGGUCAAACACACCGUAACACCGAGUUAGACACCCCCUCGAGAGAUAAAUGUUGCCGACUUGCUUCCCUAGUUAUACCAACUUUAGUAACAACCGCAUGAUAGCAAUACACAGCAGUCUGAGGAGCCAUAAACAAACCUCAACCAAAACGCCACUCUAAAGCCACAAAUAAUGCUCACAACUUAACUUCAUUAACAGUACAUAUAGAGUCCUAGCAACAGCACUAGGCACCAAACAUCUUUUCAACUUUGCCUGAUUUCUUUAACAAAGAGACUUAACACAACUCACCCGCUCUCUUCCAGCAGCCGCUUGUUUCUAGUGAGACCUCAGGCCUGUCCGUCACGGCCUACAGUGGGGUGACGCAGCUCAAGGAAGAACAUUUAUGAUCAUUUCUUCAUCAUUUCCUUGAAGUAAUAAUCACCACAUUUAUCAUUUUCCACUGCAGACGUGGUAGUUCUUCUGCCUUAACGUCUCGGUCUUGAUGCGUUUCCAUGAAGAAAUGAUCAUAAAUGUUCUUCCUUGAGCUGCGUCACCCCGCUGUAGUCCAUAACGGACUGGCCCGCUACAAACAAACGGCUGCUGGAGGAGAGUAGGUGAGUUGUGUUUAGUCUCUUCGCUAAAGAAAUAAGGCAAAGCUAAAAAGAUAUUUGGUGGCUGGGACCCUAUAUGUACUGUUGAUGAAGUUAGGGGCUGUUCUGAGCAUUAUUUGUGACUAUAGAGUGGCGCUUUGUUUGAGGUUUGUUUAUGGCUCCUCAGACCGCUGUGUAUUGCUAUCCUGCGGUCGUUUCUAAAGUUGGUAUAACUAGAGAAGCAAGCGGCCAGAGACAUUCAUCUCUCGACGGGGAUGUCUAACUCGAUGUUACGGUGUGUUUGACCCUAAAUUAAUUUUACCCCGGAAUAUCCCUUUAAUGUUACCAAAACUAAUUUCUUUAAAGUAGAUGUUUUUUCACAUCAGUCUUUGAAUGCAUCUUGACUUUCUGCAAACUUUGAUUUGUCUGUGUCACAGGAGGGAGUGAAGACGGAGAACAAUGAGCACAUCAACCUGAAGGUGGCAGGGCAGGAUGGCUCAGUGGUGCAGUUCAAGAUCAAAAGGCACACUCCUCUCAGCAAACUGAUGAAAGCUUAUUGUGAACGGCAGGUAAGACUGCAGCACAAAUUCCGCUGCACCUCAAAAGAAGCUAUUUUUAAUUCCCUCACAGUGAUAAUAAAUGGAACAUGUACAUAUUCAACUGAGGACUAGAGGAUCGGCUGAGGGAUCCAGGAUGUUCCAGCUAAACUUGAAAUAGACCACAAUCCACUUCAUAGCGUGAAGUUUUAACAUUGUACACAUAAUUCUCUCUGUGUCCAAACAGGGGCUGACAAUGAGGCAAAUACGAUUUCGAUUUGAUGGUCAGCCCAUCAAUGAAACAGACACACCUUCGCAGGUAAGACUGCACCCCCUACAUCCAUCCUGACAGCAAAAACACUGUUUUUGGUUGGUGGUAAAAUGAUAAUUAAAUAUCUAUCAACAUUGUUCCCCUAAAAGCAGAGUUCAGAUAUUCACUACAUGUGACAAAUGGGCUGUAAAGAGAAUUGUUUUGAUAUGCCACGUGAUCGUCGUAUUAAAUUCAAUUGGAGCAGUCUCUAAUCUAGACUAUGAACAAUUAAUUGUGUGACUCAUCUCAAGCUGAAAACAGACACAAGGCGUCUUUUUGGUUACGGGCAUUUAUUUCAGCUCCCUGGGUUUGAGCAUGCCGUUAGAACUAAAACAAUAUAAAAGACAUAAUCUGAGUUUGUUAAAACUCCAAUAUAAAAAUAACACUCUUCAGCACCAAAUGAAUCUCAUGAAACAUAACAUUUACAAGGAAAAACCUUACUACAUAACUCAAAAUGACAUUAACAGAACAGAAAUCGGCCGCAUGAAGCUGCGCUGAUAAAAACUUAACUUGAUAAACACGCUCCACACAUACCUUGUUGGCCGCUUCAACUUGAAGGGAGAAAAAACGAUCUUAAGUCUUCUUAGCUUCUUCUUAACAGCGCUUCACCCUCCGUCUUCAAUUAAUGUAUCAUGUGAACUGCUGUUCUCUUCCUAGCAGGUGCUCUAAUUAGUGGACAAACCCGGGGUGUGUCACAACAAAAACAACCUGACCCUCCCUUAGCUCUGCACAUCAGUUCCGCUUAACUUGUCAAAUGCCCAUGUAAAUAAAAUAAUAUUUAUCUAUUUAAACAACACAAGAUUUUAAGCCAUUUUAACUUAACUUAUUUUGAACUUAUUGACUUAUUUAUAGAACAAAAACAAAAACUCAUACAAGUGACCGGAAUUUCACUGACGGCAGCUACAAAUUGGACCGUAUCUUUCUUUGUUUUGGGAUAUGCUCCUUCCAUUUCGCUCAUUUUUAAAAUGUCCUAGGCCAGCAGAAAACAGACAGUUGCUGAUUUAACCUAGUUUGAUUACGGAUCUGUUCUAUUCAAACAGCAACCUGGAAAUUAAGUGAUCCGACACCCUCUUUCCUAAUGCCUUUUGUGUUUGCACGUGUCUAGAAGUUUUCCGGUGCACUCUGUCAUUAUUGUGCUUUUCAAAAGUGCAAUGCAUGUAACCCUCUUUAAAAAGUGCAAAAGAAUAAUCGCUAGAGAACUGUUCGUCAAAUUAAUUCAUAAGCGUUCCUAACAUACUCUAAACUAACAUUUUGUCUUUUUUACAGCUCGAAAUGGAGGACGAAGAUACGAUUGACGUGUUCCAACAGCAAACUGGAGGCUCUUCUCUUUAAAGACUAUUGCCUUCAAACACCCCUACCUCCCCGUUUCCUCUCCGAAUCUCUGUUUUGUCCGCUUUUCAAAUGCUCAUGACCAGUGUCGAUACCAUCCAGUGGAAUACUUUUACAGAAUGCUCAAAUGCAGCAGCACAGUAAGUGUAGAUAGAUUUAAUAAUACUGUCUUUUGUAUGUUAACAUGUCCGAGCUGUGCAGACAACUUGUAAGCUUCAGUGGCUCUAAUGUGCAGAAGAAAUCAAAAGCUUAUGAUGAUUUUCCCCCCAGAAGCUUUGGAGGAAACUCCUCGGCCCCUGUACUUGUUUUUAUACUUAUGUCAUCAAAGUUUUGAGUUAGAUGGAAUUUUGUUGUUGUCUAGUAAGCCUGCAUUUUAAAUUCACAUGGGUUGUUAUGAAAAUGUAUUAUUGGAAUAAAUUGAGUCGUUUUUUAACAUGUCUGCG